CCCCUCUUCCCUCACAAACAUUUAUUUUUUAUCCCCUUCCCUCCCCUCCCGCCUUAUCAACCGCAACUCUCUUCACACCGAGCUCAAGUUUCCCGAUUUUCCAAAGGCAAUUUUACUUCGAAAAGCCACAAUACCAUCAAAAUGUCCUCCCUCUCUCGUCGCGCCUGCUACAAGUGUGGCAAUGUUGGCCACUACGCCGAAGUCUGCUCUUCUGCUGAGCGCCUUUGCUACAACUGCAAGCAGCCCGGCCAUGAGUCCAACGGCUGCCCUCUGCCCCGCACGACCGAAGCCAAGCAGUGCUAUCAUUGCCAGGGCCUUGGCCAUGUGCAGGCCGACUGCCCUACCCUGCGCUUGAGUGGCGCUGGCACGAGCGGCCGUUGCUACAACUGUGGUCAGCCCGGCCACCUCGCUCGUGCUUGCCCCAGCCCCGCCGGUGUUAAUAUGGGCCGUGGCGGUCCCGUUCCCCGCGGUGCAUUCGGAGGUUACGGCCGCGGGGGCUUUGCCGGUGGCCCACGCCCCGCUACUUGCUACAAGUGCGGCGGCCCCAACCACUUUGCCAGAGACUGCCAGGCUCAGGCCAUGAAGUGCUACGCUUGCGGCAAGCUCGGCCAUAUCUCGCGCGACUGCACUGCGCCCAACGGUGGCCCUCUCAACACUGCUGGCAAGACCUGCUACCAGUGCGGCGAGGCCGGCCACAUCUCUCGUGACUGCCCCCAGAAGGCCACUAACGGCGAAAUUCCUAAUGAAGUUGACUUGACGGCUGCUCCCGGCAUCCCUCAGCCCGCUGUUGCGCCCAUCGCGCCCAUCGCGCCCGUCGCUUAGGCGGCGAUUGAGGCCAUACCCACCCCCGAAUGAGGCGACUUUCUGGCCCCGGCCAGCGGAACUGGUCCGCGGGUUGUGCAGCUAGUACUCACCUCUGCGGUGUUGCUCGUGCGACGCUUCCUUACGUUUUCAGUACGACCUUUCAUGCCCCUCGAAAUCAUCUACUACUACUGCACCUUCCCCCUUUCCAUUCUAGUUAUUACUUCAAUUUUUGCAUAAAAUGGGCUUGUCGCCAACCGACAUCCUUUGCUUUAUACGGCGUCUACAUGGAUUCCCCUUCGUCAACACGAUUCAUUUUCUGGAACAAAACGGGAAAGGCUUCCUUUCUUCAUAGCACUCUUGGUUUCUUGCAACGACUCUCACGACGAACGGCCUCAACGUAUUUGAAUGCAUCCUCGUUCCGAUACCUGGAAACCACAACUUUUAUGACUCUCAUAGCCACCUAAGCCCAGUCGGAUCGACUCGGCCGGCCACUUCCGGUCGAAUUUUCCUCCAAGUAGUCCAGCAAGUGCGCUGCUUGAGACUACACGCAAAACAGCGACGGAAAAGGAGAACAUAUCAUUGGACAGAGCGGUUUUGAGGCAGCUCGCGGCUGGGGAUUCGAACUGCCGGUGUGCAUGGUCUGCAGAAGUCCGGACGGACAGCUGACGCUGGGUCCUGGGUGAAUGCCGACUGAUCAUAACGGAUUAGGAAAGAUUCUCGGGAUGGAAGACGGGGCUUGGGGGGAGAGGUGAGAGAUUCGAGUAUCUUAUGAAGAAGAAGAAGAAGAGUUUUGGGGCGGUGGAAGUGGUUGUUGAGUAGAAGACCCUUUCGAAGGGAGAAUGGUGGACACCCCUGCAAAGCUGUUGUGGCGGGACGCACAAAAAAAGAAGCUGUUGUUGUUUGAGCUGUCCGAGUGUCUUUGGAGGAGGGGCGUUGCAGUUGUGACGGGUGAUCUGAAUCGGACAGCGCUGUGGCGGGUAGGACGCAGCGGGAGGGGGCGGCCGAGGAUCCGUACCUAAGCCGAAGCCCACGCCGUCGCGUUGGGACUGAAGGAUAUGCCGACCUUUCUACGAUUUACGACGGAGAACGACGAUGCGAAUGCUACGCAAGCUAUUGUUACCCAAGGUAGACAUGGCGGAACUUAAAGAACGACACCGGGAGGAGAACUCGGGGCUCGCUCGCAACGGAACCGGCCUGGCCAGUACUGGCAUAGGGCUGAUAUGAAGCUGAAAUAAUGCUCAAAACCCCAAGUAUAGCUCGGGAUCAACCUGGCUGGCAUCCAUUGCCGAUGACCAGGUUUGAUCUCGCCCUUUCUAAUGGCCGCUUGUCGGUCACCGAAAUAUUGAAGUACCGCCACAAGUCCCUCCGGCGCAACCGGACGUAAGUGGAGACCGGCGGCACGGCAGAAGCUCUGGCCAUCCGACCCGACCACCCGUGGAUUCCCUCUACUUUUGGUAUGGGGAGAUGGAUCUUUCUGCCGUUUUUCGCCACGUCAUGCCAAAGGGGCCCCACCACAAAACCAUGCAACCUAGUCCUAAUCAAUGCUCUCAUGACC